AUGGAGCAGCUUACCGGGGUCUCUCAUGAGAUGUGGUGGCAAGAACCCAUACCUAAGGGCUCCAAUGAAGCCGUCGUCGUGCCCCUUUAUAAACUCACGAACAUCUACACUUCCGAGGUAACCAACAUAGCUAUAUCGUUUGGUGUCCAGGGACAAUAUGAAAGCACCAUUAAUACUGAGUUAAAUAGUAAAACCCACCGAGGAAGCUUCCUUCUCAAAAACACUGGGAACAUCCGCUCAAUCGGCAGCAGGGACUUCCUGCAUAAACGCAGAGCUGAUUCCGAAUACAUUGUGGAACCAGGAAACAAAGACCAGGUAAAAGACCGUGCCAAAUAG